GGCUAUCCGAGCAAGCGGCGAGUCCCAUGAAUUAUCAAACCCGGUCCAUCAUGUUUUUCAUAUCUUACUCAAUCUUUUGUGCCUGUAAUUAACUCUACCUCGUUCCCUUCUCUCUCUCCAAUGGCGGAUACCUCUGCAUUUUGCUUCUCUACAUUGAGAUUCUCUUGUGUUCCAUCCAUUUCUUUUUCUUUUUCAAGGGCUUCCCCUCUCUUCCAAUUCAACUCUGUCCCUUUCUCACCUUCACCUUCUACCCCUCAAACUCGUCUUCUUCAUUUCGUUCCCAAAGCCAAUCACCCCGGCAACCCUUUCGGUGACGAUUCUUUCGGUUUUUUCCCUUGGUCCGAUGAUGACAGCGAAAUUCAAUGGCAUCCCGAAGAGAGAAUUACAUUGUUCACUGCUGAUGGACUGAUCCAGAUUGGAGGCUCCAUGGUUCCUCGCCGUGUCAGCUCUUCAGAUAAGAAACAAGGGAAAUUCAAAACUGCUCAAAAACUUCAACGGUUUCAAGAGAGUGAUUACAUGGACCCCAAUCAAGGCCUUUGUCUGGGUGCUCUCUUUGAUAUUGCAGCAACUAAUGGACUUGAUAUGGGCAGAAGACUUUGUAUUUUUGGUUUCUGCCGUUCCAUUGAGAUGCUUAGUGAUGUGGUGGAAGACACUGUCUUAGAGCAUGGUGGGGAGGUUAUUGCCGCAGAGAAGGCAAGCAAAGGUGAUUUGCAUGAAAAGCUAACCAUGACUGUUGCAGUGCCAUUACUAUGGGGUGUUCCUCCAGCUUCUGAGACGCUUCACCUAGCUGUUAAAAGUGGCGGAGGAAUUGUAGAAAAGGUCUAUUGGCAAUGGGACUUUCUGUAAAUACAUAUUGUACAUCUCCUAACCAUUCUUUGUGCAACUCUGUACAUAAAAUUGGAGCUUUGUAUGUACAAAAAAAAAAUAAAUAAAUAUUGUCACUCUAUCUCUUUACGUGUACAAAAAAUUGUUGUCAAGUUAAUAUCCAA